ACAAGAGAAGUAUCCAUCAUGUUCUCAAAGGCUCUUGUCUGCUGCCUCUUCGCCUACGUCGCAUGCGGCGUUCUUGUGGAACACCCACCACAGCCUUACAGCUUCGGCUACGACAACAUUGAUGGAUUCGGCACCCGCAUGACCCGCCAGGAAACCGGCGAUGCCUUCAACAACAAGGUCGGCUCUUACAGCUACGUUGAUGCCUUCGGUGUUACCCGUGUUGUGAAGUACGUUGCUGAUGCCACCGGCUUCCAUCCCACCGUCGAGACCAAUGAGCCAGGCACCAAGACCUCGGUCCCAGCCGACGCUCCGUUCUUCUCUUCCGCUGUUGAGGGCCCACACCCCGUCGUUGUGAAGGCUGUUCAUCCAGCCCCAGUCGCCGUUCGCGCUCUCCAUGCCGCUCCAGUGGCUGUGCGUGCUGUCCAUGGUGCCCCAGUUGUUCACGCUGCCCCCUUCGCCUACGGCCACCACGCUCCCCUGAGCUAUGCCGUCGCCAGGCCUUUCUAAGCUUUCAAUAAAUUAAUUAUUUUUGCUCAGUAUAAUUUCCAA